UCGAGCUUAAUAGCGUGCUCGCAGGUUUACCGACGGCGUGAACUCGACGUGAUGGUGCUCCUCUUGGGGUCGGGGCACGUCCCCUUGGCCACGGAGCUGACGAUGCUGCUGGGUACGCUCGGACGGGUCGGACGCCGCAUCCCAGUGCUCGCAGUACUGGGCGUCACCGACAUGGAUGCGGAGUCCCGGUACGCCGAGGCCAUCAUCAAGGAGCUCAUCCUCGAUCGACGGUGGAAAAUAGCCGUCGCACUUCAGCUCUUCAACGCCGAGGACAGUCCCGUGCCUGUGUACACGUCCGCGCUCUCCCUGCGGCCUGGAGUACGCUGCUUCGAGAACUGGACGCCCAUGGCCCUGGAGCGGUUGUGGACGCCGGGGAGCACGCUGCGGCUGCAGGCCUUGGAAAAGCCCCGGCGCCAUGACGACCUGCGUGGGUGCGUCGUCAACAUGGCGUACGUUUCUUCGCCCCCAUUCGUCUUCGUCGAUGAUCAAGUAUUCGGGAUAGACCUCGACGUCGCAAGAUUUUUCGCGUAUGGCAGCAAUGCAAGCCUCAACAUACUCCACGGGUCACAGGCUGUACCGAAGUUAGAGUCUGGACAGGCAGACAUGGUGCUGGGUGGCCUGUUCCCUCGCCCGAGUACACGCGGCCAGUACACCUAUAGCGAUCUGUACACGUACGACGCGGUAGGGUGCUACACCCUGCGGACCCGUAGGCUUCCGAGGUGGCAGUACCCCUUCAGGGUGAUAUCGCUCAAGGCGUGGGCGAGCAUCUUGGGUCUCAUGGUUGUGAUAGUGGUAGCUCUGGAGCAUGACAACGGCCGGGGCCCUGUGGCUAACGCCAUGACCGUUGUGGGCGUGCUCUGGGAGGGCAACCCUGCGCCCCGAACAAACUCUGGCCGCACCGCCUUUUACGUCUUCAUGUGGACCUUUUUCUGCCUGCACUUUACUCCAGCCUACCGAGCAGCUCUGUCAAUGGCAAACCUUAACUCCUUGAAAGAACCGGGACUUACCGACCUUGACGACGUAAAGCGGGUACUUAUGCUUUCGGAUGAUAUGAUGCCCCUGAUGGCAGAGUACCCCAAAUUGAACAAAUUGCUGCCAUUGGUUGAGAUUUGCAACUCGCCCAUAAACUGCUCCAACGAGGUCAUGCGUGAUCUACAUCACACUGCCCUUAUCAUGUCGAAAUGGACGUAUUGGUUCUUCGACCAGAUAAUUCUGAAAGACGGUCGAGGCCGCCCCAUCCUCCAACUUUACAAGGAUCCAAUGGCGACCUUCCACGUGAGCGUUAUGACCUCGCCGGAUUCUCCCAUCAUGCUCGCGCUAAACCGCAUCACGGCUAUUGUGAUGGAGUCAGGGCUUGUGAGAAAAUCUGUGGAGUACUACCGCCACAGGUUCAACUUGUUGUCCGGAGUCGCCGAACUGCAGCGAAAGACUUCGUACCGACCGAGAGCCCUUGGCAUGCGUCAGAUCCUCGCUGCGUUAAGCAUCCUGGCCGCCGGUCUCCUGGUGUCUCUGGUCAUAUUUCUCGGCGAGAUGCAGCUGGGUGGGCGUUACUAGCCGCCAGCUGAGCGACGACUGCUACCAAUUGGCCUGAGGUCCCUGAAAUUCUCCAGUAGGUUCGCAGUCACGCCGGCCGCGUCAACGAGGGUGACGUUAGCUUGGACGGAUUGAGCUGAAGCAAAGUUUAACUGGCUCGAACUAACUUGCUUCUGAAAUAAAGUAGCAGACGCUCUUAGCCACUUACAUUAAUACUUGAUUCAAUAUCAUGAUUUCGUGUACGCUGUAUACCUCACAUUCAUAGGCGCUGCAAGAAACGCCGCGACAAGUUUAGUUGUG